AUGUCUGUUCUGUCUCCACUGAGUGACAACGAAAGUGCGCCGGAAGCGCUAGACAUUUUUAAACUCUAUCCCAACCAAGUGGCAAUCCAGAACUUCUACCUGGAAGACAUCAGACCCGUGAGUCAGUUCAGUGGUAUAGACGCGCCCCUCGAGUUUGAAACGUCUCUACAGGGAGACUCUUACUGCGAACUUCCGUCUUGCAGGCUGUUUCUAAGAGUGAGGAUCCUGAACGCAGAUGGCACACGCUGUGAAGACGACGUGAAAAUAUCACCAUGCGAUUCGUUUUUCCACUCCAUGUUCAAGAAAGUGGACGUGUACAUGAAUAGAAGCCUUGUUAGUUCGUCCGGUGACCUUUAUCCUUACAAAAGCUACUUCGACAAGCUAUUUCGCCGCGACCUGAACAGGGGUCGAGGUAAAAUGUCAGAGUGCCAGCUCUUUACGGGGGAUGAUGGGGGAUUUCCUGCCGAAACAGACCCCAACGCCGGGAACUAUGGACUGUACCAGAGGUACAGCGUCAGCCGAGGAUCUAAACCGUUCGACAUGGUAGGGUUGCCAUUAAACGACUUACUGGAACUCGACCGCUACCUGAUCAAUGGCGUUCACUUGAGAAUAGUACUACACAGGAAUAGUACAGACUUCUGUCUUAUCAGUGGACAGGAAAAUGGCCAGGGUGGAUAUCAGGUUAAAAUUGAAGACGCAUUUUUGCGGCUUCUGAAGGUGAAAGUGAAUCCUGCUAUUCUACUGGCACACUCGAAGCUCCUGAAGACCGUUACGGCCAAGUACCCCUUUAUUCGCUCCGAGACUAAGUGUGCCAACAUCGCCAGUGGGCAGAGUGUUUUUUCCUGGGAUCACAUUAACCCGGCUUAUCUUCCGAAAUUCGUUAUUGUGACUUUUGUGGACAGUGCAGCUGUACUAGGUUCCCUGAAGCUGAAUCCCUUUAACAUGGAGCACUUCGAUUUGCGGCAAAUAAGCCUUUACAUUAACGGUGUAGCAUGUUCCGGAAACCCUGUAAACGUGAAUUAUAGCGAAGGUCUGACAACAGAAGUGCUGGAUCGUAUAUACGGUUUCAGCAAGGCCCGCCCCGUGUACACAUCCAUGGGUGGCAUAAGCUGUAAAGACCGAGAAAUGGCUGGAAUAAGCAGGUCGGACCCUCACAAUGGACGUGCUCUAUACGUGUUUGACCUUUCACCAGUGGUUGACGAGGGUUUUCACUUUGAACUGCGAAACACUGUCCCUCAAUGUGAAAUUUGGACGCUCCCUUGCACAGAAUGUAGCGUGCAUUUUUUAUGCAGAGUACGAUGCUUUAAUGGAAAUUGA